AUGUCUUACCGCGACAACGACAAUUCCAGCUACGGCGGCAACAACGACAGCUACGGCUCGUCUAACCGCCGUGACAAUGACAGCUACGGCUCUAGCGGCAACACCGAUAGCUAUGGCUCCUCUGGCCGCAGUGGCCGUGACAAUGACAAUAGCUAUGGCUCAUCUGGAAACGAUAGCUAUGGUUCAUCUGGCCGCAGUGGUCGCGACAAUGAUAACAGCUAUGGCUCAUCCGGCAGCAGCGGCCGUGACAACGACAACAGCUUUGGCUCAUCCGGCAAUGACAGCUACGGCUCGUCUGGACGUACCGGAGGCAGUGACUCGUAUGGUUCCUCCGGCAAUAAGUCUUCGUCUUACGGUUCCUCUGGAAAUGACAGCUAUGGCUCUUCUGGCCGUACUGGAGGUAGCGACUCAUAUGGCUCCUCUGGAAACGAUAGCUACGGUUCGUCCGGCCGCAGUGGCCGUGAUAACGAUGACAGCUAUGGCUCCUCUGGCCGCACUGGAGGCAGUGACUCGUACGGCUCCUCUGGCAACAAGUCUUCGUCCUACGGCUCCUCCGGAAACGACAGCUACGGCUCGUCUGGCCGUACCGGAGGCAGCGACAGCUACGGCUCCUCCGGCAAUGACAGCUACGGCUCCGGCAACAAGUCGUCGUCCUAUGGCUCCAGCGACAACACCGACAGCUACGGCUCCAGCGGCCGUGACAACAGCAGCAGCUCCGGCAGCAAGGUCGGCCAGUUCCUCGAGAAGGCCAGUGAUGUCCUUGGCGGCGGCAACAAGGGCCGUUCCAACCAGGGUCGUGACGACGACUACUAG